CAGUGUUUCACUGGCCAUCUUUCGGCUUCCUUCGAAAAAUACCACACCUGUUCCUCACAUAAUAUGAUGUCUUUACCAUGCGAGUGGUAGGCUCUUGUUGUACUGUCGACGACCUCGUAGUAACGAGACGUCACUAGGCGUCUUCCAGCGGUUAGAUGUGGCCUCCAGCAAGCUAACGCGUGCAUUUCGGAACCAACUGCCCAUCCGACCCUCGUACUCGCCAUCUCCACCGACUUUACUCGUUGUCCAUGGUCUUUUUGUGGAUUCAUUUUACGCUGCACCUCAAUGUUUUCCCUUACGACUGUAUUUCUCACUAGCCGCCGGCUCAACUGAAAAGCACAUUGCAUUUGGCAUUGCUGGCGUCCACUUGCAAACGCAUUAGGAAGAAAUGUUAUUUGUCAGUCACCAUGAAUCGAGUGAUACGAAAACGGUUUGCUUUUCUGGGCAUUUCCCUUGCGUUGGAAACUGUAGUUGUCGGGGUCUCAGGUGCACAACAAACUCGUGUCAGUUCAGUCGAGAUUACACACACCUAUGCACCUCCUUUGCGCCCUAGAGUCCACGGUGCAGGACCGUCAGGGUUACAAGCUCAAGUUCCUGCCCAAGCCCUACCAGACAUUAUUACUGGAUCUCACAAGAUUCAUACACCAGGCCUCAUUUCGCUUCGAGAAUACGCUUCAAGCACAAGGCCCGCGUCCACUGCUCAGCGGGCUGUGGUUUCGGGCCUCCCUUUUAACGUUCGAAGAGUUACCACCGGUGGGAGCCUUCGUGGAAAUCAAAGUGAAACGAAAACUGAAGACAGGGGUAAUAUGAAGGAAACAGAGACCUUCACACCUCAGCUACACCAAACUCAUGCGUCUGAAAGUGAAACUGGCGUAGUCGAAGCAGAGAGACCAGAGUCAACAAGCGCCGCUUUCCCCACGGACAACACGGCCCAGCACGCUACAGAAUCAGGUGAAGUGCAUCAAGAUAAAACACGUGAAAAAUUAAGAAGUCCACCACAGCGCGAUUCAACAAAUCUACUCGAUUCCGAAAAGCAAAAAGGAUCGUUCAAUGAAGCCAAGAGCACCCGGCAAGAGGUCGUCGGCGAGGAAGCCAAGCAGCCGGCAACCCGCGAGGAAGUGGACGAGCCCUUAGCUGUGAAAGAGGUGAUUCGCAUGAAAGGAGAACAAAACCGAAAACGUGUUCAUAUAAAAAAGGCACCCUACAUCAAUGCUCCAAAUAGAAAACUGGAAAAAGGAUCCCGCAAGGCUGAGGAUGCUGACGCCUGUUGUGGCAUCGAGGAAACGGAAACAAGAAUGAGUGACGCUUCACUUAGUAUGCUGUACUACUUCAAUCCUGACUCGGUCAUGGAGUUUCACACUGUUUCUCUGCUGCUUCCUGACGGCAAGACCUUCUUGGCUGACGUCGAGUCCGUGGUUCGUGACCCACCGCCAACGGAGGAUGACCAGCACCCCAAAUCUGUCGCUCAUCUCUCCGGGGGGUACACGCUCACCCUCAGUUUAGACGGCGUCACGCUAGAAGAUGGUGAUGACGACGAAAUAGCCUCUUGGGGAGCUGAGAGAGUUCUGUACCCGGUCAUCUUGGAAGAGGUAGCGAUACGUGACGCUUCUGCUGUCGCUGUCCAGGCAACGCGGGCAGGGUCGCUUUCGAAUGAUGCGACUUCUACCGUUCCCGUAUCUCACCCAGAAACCCGUUUCCUUCAGGAAAAAAGUGCAUCAGAUACACAAGAUAAUUACGAUGCAUCAGUCACAGCAGGUCUGGCGACAGAUUUUGGCAGCAAGACGAAAGGCGGAGAGGCUGAUUCUUCCAGUGUUUACUCAGCAGGACCGGUAGGAUUCGGCGAGGCAGAGCGCAGUGCAAAUGUAGCAAGGAAGAUCGUCCGCGUUCUGGCCGUUUCCCGAGGAAAUAUCGGAACUGUUCGCAUCAGCACGACUCGUAGUGUUGCCCCAGGCAUGUCAGCCUUCACGUGUGUGUUUCGAACGGGUAUCUACGGUGACUUCGACCCUUGCAACACUCCCGCCGUCAUUGCAGCUAACUUCUUUACACCUCUCACAGCCAGCAUCAUCGGAGGGUUUUGAAUAUCUCAUAUUCCAAGAGUUGUGACCUGGAACCGUGAGGAGCAUUGGGCAAAUAUCGCGCCGCCUCUUCGUAGAGGCACAUUUGAAUCCGGUUCCAUUUCUCAGUGAAAACGCGAACUUUGUACGAUGUUAUUCGUAUGAAAGAGCGCCUGUUUUCCAUCCCUUUACGGCUGUUUUCCGUUCGCGACCCCACCAGAAACUUUGCUCCCCGUAAAGGCGAACGAAAACCUGG